AUGGCUUCAAAUUUAACAUCCGUUCCUUUGGAGGCUCGCUCAUUACUGGUUCUUGAUUCCAAUGGUGAAUCGUUCUUAUUUUCUAGUUUGUUCAUAAGUGAAGAUGGCCGUGAUCAACAAACUCUUGUUAUAUUUAUUCGGCAUUUCUUCUGCGGAAGCUGCAAAGAGUACAUAUCUACAAUAUCAUCACCAGAUAAUGGUAUUACUCCCCAGGAACUUGAAAAAUCCAACAAACGUCUGAUCAUUGUCGGUUGCGGUCAGCCAAAUCUUAUUAAACAAUAUGUUAAAGAUACGAAUUGUCCAUUUCCAAUGUACGCAGAUCCUACACAGAAAUUAUACGAUGCAUUGGGUAUGAUUCGCACGUUGAGUUUAGCCGAGAAGAAACCGGACUAUAUCAAAUCAUCCUUUUUGGUUAAUGUUGCUAAAUCCGCUGUCUGUCAGUUUUCCUCAGGAACGGCAAUGUUUCAAGGUGGUGAUAUUCGUCAAGUUGGUGGAGAAUAUUUAUUUAAUCAAAAAGGAGAUAUUCUCUGGUCGCAUAACAUGAAGAAUACUCAAGAUCAUGUUGAAGUUAUAGAACUACAUAACUGCGUGUGCCAUUUGCUCAUCAUGGCUGCUGAUUCAACAUACAUGGCUGAAUCAGUCAAAUCCUAUCCAUUCUCAAUGUCAGAUAGAUCCGCAUUAAAUAAAGAAGAAAUUAUCGUUAAAGAUGAUGAAUUAACAUGCGAAGAACAUUGUCAUAACGUAAGUCUCUGGUGCUAUAAUCCCAAAUAUCGCGAAAUUUGCGGACGGGAUGGUUUAUCAUGGGCGAGAAUUGCUCUGUUCUACUUCAUAUGGCUUAUGUUUAUGGCUGGUGUUUUUGCAUCAUUCGUCGGGAUAUUCAUGGCAAUUGUCGAUAAACGCAUUCCACCCUAUCGAGGAAAUUCGAAUGCAAUCGCUCUAGAUAUAUCACGACCGAAUCCAGGUCUCGGGUUUCGUCCUCAAAUCGGCGUACAAAAAACUUUGAUUAAAUUCCGUUCAUCUCAUCGUGAUUCGUGGGGAUAUCGUCACGGAUGGGGUCCAUAUAAAGAUCAAUUAGAUCAAUUCUUAGCUUACUACACAGAAGCAGAUGUUCAAUAUCAGCAAACGAUUGAUUGCAAGGGGCAGUCGAUCGAUAGUCUCCGUCCAUUAUUUCGAAUCGGAAAAUCAUGUCGAUUCGAUAUAAAUAUGUUCAAUGAACGUCGUACGCCAUGCACAACGCAACGAAACUUUGAGUAUGACCGUGGUCAUCCAUGUGUUCUAUUGAAACUGAAUAAAAUCUACGAUUGGGAACCUGUCACAUAUAAAAAUGCUGCUGAAGUACCGGAACAAUUCAAAGCCAUAUGGUCGAGUGAAAUGUCUAAUUACGUUUUGGUUGAAUGUGGUGGAGAAAAUGAUGUUGAUCGCGACUUCAUCUUCGAAAUUGAAUACUAUUCAGAAAUGAACACCACAAGAAUCGGUGGUUUUCAUCGUAAUUUUUAUCCGUAUCUCAAUCAAGAUGGUUACCGAAGUCCGUUAGUUUUUGUGUACUUCAAAAAGAUUGAAACCAAUGUUUUAAUCAAUGUGGAAUGUCGUGCCUAUGCACGAAAUAUUAUUAAUGAUGAUAGUAUUGAGUACAAACGUGGUAGUGUUCAUUUCGAGCUUAUCGUAGAAUGA